CCCAAUUUCAGCCCAAAAAGGUUGCUGAAAUGUCUUAAAGGACCCCACUAUGCAUGCAAGCAGACAAAUAUAUUCCCAGCUAAUAUGCUUUGAUGCUUUGGUUAUUUACUUAUAUUUUUCUAGCAUAUAUAUAAACCUCAAAAUAUAGUUUCAUAUUUCUACGUACAAGCACAUAUCUAAUAAUCUAAUCAAUGGCGGCCAUUAGAUUAAUGCGUAGCUCGAGGCCACCCUUAGCUCCUGGUUCACCUGCUUUACAAAGUGUAUCGACCGUGAGGCUGAGGUUUACGUGUAUGGCAACCGGUUUUGGUUCAGAAAAUAGUCAGUUGGUUGGAGAUAUGGAGAAAAAACCAGUAGUGGUUACUAAAGCCGCCAACUAUAUGUUGGCGGCCUUGGAUGCUCCAGUGGUUGCACCCACCCAAACAAGGGAAAAAGUACACUUCACGGCUUUAAUGGUCUUCAUGAUAACUAUUAUUCCGCGUAAGUUGGAGCUCGUUACCAGGCCUAGGCCCUUGAAUUUGAUCAUCAUCCAGUCCCUAGUCGAAAAGGCUAUUAUAGACUCUCGAUUCUUUACGAUGUUUGGCGUAGCAGGAACCUUGCUUGGUUCAGUAUUAUGCUUCUUGGAGGGUGUUUUUCUGGUUAUGGAGUCAUACCUCCAGUAUUUUCAUGCAAUCUACCACCACUCAGAUCAUGGACAUAUCAUGCAUCUACUCAUUGAAGCCUUAGACAUGUUUUUAGUAGGAACGGCAAUGCUUACAUUUGGGAUGGGAAUGCAUGUUAUGUUCGUUGCAUCAAGAACUUCUAAAGGCAACACAUUACCAAUUCCACCUUCUAACCUUUUUGGUCUUUUCUACUUGAAGGAGAUUCCAUCCUGGGCUGGAAUGAAAUCGGUCUCUCAAGCAAAGUCUAAAAUUGGGCAUGCACUCAUGUUGCUGCUUCAAGUUGGGGUCUUGGACAAGUUCAAGAGCGUUCCAUUGGUUACGGGCUUAGAUCUAGCUUGUUUUGCUGCAGCGGUAUUUGUUUCUUCGGCUGGUCUAUUCGUUCUAUCACAACUUUCUAGUACCGGUGAUUAAACCUAAACUAUUUAGUUACCCAACGUUUCAUUUCUUGGUGGCUAGAUGUUUCAAGGAGGUACGUGAUCCGUACACUAUUUUAUCCGUACACCACCAAAUGUCCUUCACGUUAUUACACAGUACCAAUACAAAUGUUUAAAACACAUUUGAUGGUGUACGAGUAUAAAUAGUGGUGUAAAGAUGAUUAUUAUCCUAUAAAAA